AUGCGAGAUUCUUCAGGCCAUCUGAUCACAAAGCACAAUAAGGAGAUUGCCGAACGACGAAAUACUGAUAAAGUAAUGCAGAUGUACGAUUUGAUUACAGUAAGCAGAGCAGAAUUACGAGAUCUACGGAUGGCCAGAGUUCCAUUUCAGCUUCCGAUUGAUUUUCCCACUGGCGAUGUGGUUGGUGAAAAAUUGAGCAAUCGAGUGUAUAAUAAAUUGCGUAACUACAGCAAAAUUGAGCAGCGACGGAAUGCUCGUGUUAAAGACAAAGAUGAAGUGGCAGCAAACGAAGUGAGUGUGGAUAAGGUUACGCGCUUGAUAAUCUACAAAUUUAUUAAUUCAGGCUUUUUCGAUGCUCUCGAAAAUAUUAUAGCUACGGGAAAGGCAAGUUUUUCGAUGCUCCGAUCGGAAUAUGUGCAAGAUGAUUAUCGCUUCAAAAAUCCACGUCGAGUACUACGUGUCUGGGCCGAAAAGGAAUUCACAAAUCUGAAUAGGAUGGUACGAGGUGGUGUGAAAUGUCCUGAACCUAUCCGGCUCAGAAAACAUAUCAUGAUCAUGUCGUUUAUUGGCUCAGAUGGUAUUGCGGCACGCAAAUUGAAGGAUGUGGAAUGGAACGAUCCCGAAAUUAUAUAUGAUGCAUUCCUGCAAGUGAAAACAGCAAUGAUCAAGAUGUUUACGGAGUGUAACCUUGUGCACGGUGACCUCAGUGAAUUCAAUAUGCUUUAUCAUAAUGGGCUUGUUUAUAUCAUCGACGUUUCACAGGCAGUUGACAUUUCGCAUCCGCGAGCACUUUUCUUCCUUGUUCGUGACAUCGAAAAUGUGCUAGAGUUUUUUGCAAAAUUGGGCAUCGAUAGCUUACCGUCAGCUACGGAUUUUUUCAACGAAAUUACUGGUCUGAAUAUGGACCCCGACAACAAUCUGCUUGUGCAGGUUGAACAUUUCGAGAAAGAUAAUCGCAACGCUCAGUUACGCUACGACAAGGCAAACCCGGCUGAUAUGGAGUUGCGUUUGUACGAUGCUGAAGUUGCUCUGACUAAUGAGGAUCCGGCGGAAUCGUACAACUGA